UCCGAAUUCAAUUCCUUAUAAAUCCGUUGGUUCUUCCGUGUCGGUCUGCUUUUGGGGCCAGUUAGUCACAAAAGAAAAACAAAUGAAACUAUUUGUUACCCUUCUUGCCAUUUUAGGCACUGUUUACGCCAAUUGUGGUUGCCUUAAGUGCUCCAAGCACUUGACAGUAGCUGGAUCGGUACCAGGAGCUCCUGGUCAAGCACCUAUUCAGGUGAUUUACAGGAGCGAAAAUGGUUUUCCACGUGACACUGGCCUUGUAGGCGGUGCUGUAGCAGCUCAACCAACUGUACAAGCUCCAGCACCAGUACCAGAAGAUCUACCAACUGUUUCGGUUCCUGGAAAAGAGAUACCAGUCGAAAUUCAACAAAGUUUUAGACCUAUAGAUAUUGGUUGUCAUGGAAAUCGCCGCAUCUGGGAAAGAAAUUUCUUAAAUUUGGGUGGUUGCUACAUGGAUGGUAUCAUUCCAGCAGACCGUAUCUUAAACAAUUAUGAUGGAAGAGUAUUAACCAGUUUUGGAAAUGCCCUAUUAGAUGGUGAAGUAACUAACGUUGGAGAGGGUCUAUUAAGUUCUGUAGGAGAGUGUGGUAUCCUUCCAGUGGAAGUACAAAUACCAGAAGAAUUACCAUCUAUAACCAUUCCUUCUGUUCCAAUAGAAGGACUCACUACAAGUAUAGAUAGAGUUAUUGUACCAGCUCCACCAAUCUCAGUUAUCCGUGGAGAGAAUGUUAUACCCACCUGCUGCGGUCCGAUAACUUGUCCUUUGCAUUCUUCCUGUGGAUGCGGACCUUAUCCUGCCCAAAAUUUCCAAUCAUUUGGCAGGAAGCCAUGCUGUGGAUUAAGCAGGUAUGAAUCUAUUCCGUCUGUUGAAAAUACUGCAAGAUCUCAAACCCAUAAGCGUUCAAAACGACAAUCACCGAUAGUACAACAUGGUUACAAAUUUAUGAUGAAUAUGUUACCUAAAUUUAUCAAAGAACCAAUAAUGAAAACUGUCAAUAGUAUGGCAUUAACACAUCCAGAUAAAAAGUUACAAGUAAUAUAUAAUUUACCGCCACCUCAACAGAGUCUUCAAGAAAAGAUAACACAAAAACAUAAAGAGAAUAUAGCUUCCAUAAAAAGUAAAAUUUUCGGUAAACCUGCUUUGAAACAAUUAUCCAAACAAUAUGCCGCGACUAAUUAUGGUAAUAGAUAUGGAGUGGAAGAGGAUUAUUAUCCAAAAAAAUAUGAUAGUGGGGACCGCUUCUAUUCCAAAAAUCAAAUGGAAGGUUAUUUCUCAAAUAGGUAUAAAGAUUAUAAUAUACCUUCAUCAACUAAACGUUAUGAAGAAAGAAUACCAUAUGCACAUCUUACUCAAAGAUUAGUAGAUGAGGAAACUGAGCAUUUUAUAGAUAGUUUGCACUAUCCAAAACCCAAAACUAGAAGCCAGGAUCAAAUCCUAAAACAUAAACAAGCGAGGUACCCGCAAUUGAAGGAAAAAGAUACUUUUUGGAUGGGAGAGUUAUCGUCUAAUGAAAUAUUAGAUGAGUAUUUUAAUCAAAAACCUGUUAAUGAUGGAGAAAAAAUGUCAGCUAGAGAAAAAGCCCGUUUUUUACAGAAGCUCAAAAAACUCAACAAUGCGCAUAAAAUAUCAAAAAGAAAUGUAAACAGCAAAGUGCCCAAUUCAACAAAAAAUAUGAAAAGAUCAAUAAUCAUAGAUUCUGACGAAUUUUCUCUACCCCUUUAUCAAAUAAGAAUCAGGGAUAGUGAUGAAGAUAAUGAAAUCGAUAAAGAUUACGAUUAUGAAGAAGAUUAUAUAGUUUCAUCACACUAUAAGGAUAUAUCAAAAGAGGAAUUACUAAGAAAAGCAAUAAGAGAAGAGCUGCAAAGAUUUAGAGAAGAUAACAGCGAAGAAGAAUUAGAAUUUGCACCUCAUAUUAAGAAAGAAUGGAUCUCAAAAUACCCUCUGUUACAUCUUCUAACACUCCCGGCAAAAGUUCUUCGUAGUCUAAAUGACGAAGAUUCAUUUCCUAUAGUUAAAGCAGUACCAAAAAUGUUAGUUGGAACAAAAAGAUAUUUUCGAGAUUUUGGUCGUAACUUUAAGAAGAACUUAUUGCAUUUCACUAGCGAUAUGAUUGGAGAUUUUGAAGAAUACACUCCCACCGAUAAUUUUUUAGAUAAUAUUAUAAAUAGGCGCCGUAGAUUUCGGAGAGAUUUGCCUGAAAUAAUAAAGAAUUCUACAAAUCAGUCCCAAACCCAAACUACUAAUAAAGAUGGCAAUAUUUCUGAUAGGAAAAAGAGAUAUAUUUUGAAGAUGGUGGACGAUGAUGAAAUUGAACAAUUAUUAAGAGAAAAAUUAGGGAGGAUGAUUGAGGAGCCGGAAAAACCAAAUAAGUCCAAUAGAAAAUUCAGAGCUAAGCACAAUAAAAUAGGAAACAGUGAAGAAGAGAGGAAAAUUAUUGAACAUCUUUUUGGAGGAAUGAAAAAACAGUCAAGAAGCAGUUCUGAGAACUAUUUCGACAACCCUAAGAAGCAAAGGAAUAACUCUAGACUACGAUCGAAAAAAAUAACAUCUCAAGAAGAUUCUAUAGAACAAAUCAGAAAAAAAAUUAUUAUUGAACCAGUAAAACCCAAAUUAAUUAUUGAUAACCACGGGCUACCUUUUAUGGAAGUUAACGGAUACAAGCGUCCGAUAUUUAUGAAAAAAGCGAAGAAAAAAGAAACUGAAGAAAAUUCUGUAGAAAAUACCUCAUUCGAUCCAUAUAAUUCAUCAGAAGAAGGAGAUUUAGAUAAAAUCAAUAGUAUUAUCAACAGAGCCAGGGAUACGAAUUACUUACCCAGUAGAAACGCUGAAAUACCUGUGCAAGCUAUUAAAGAAAAAAUAUCUCAGCUACUAACCGACAUCGAUGUAUUGAUUUAUAUGGAUUGCAGAAAAUUUGACGACAUAUAUGAUGAACUUAACGAAAUACAAUCAAUCAAAAAAUCAAUUGUUCAAUCUUGGAAAAGGUUAAUAAUGGAUAAACAAACUAACGACUACGAAGCAAAAAUUGGUAUUCUAGAAAAAUUCACGGAACUACAAGAAACAAAAAAUAGAGCUAUGAGAAUAAUUAUUCAAACUUUAUAUGAAGAAAGGGAAAACGCCUUUGCAGUGAAAAAACUGAUAGGAGAUUUAGUUAGCUUACAAAAAAUACAAUGUAUUAUCAACCAAGUAGUAGAUAGUUUUCAAGAGAAAUUUAAGACAGGUACAAAAUUUGACGUUGUAUUGGAAAUUAAAUACGUAGACUUUUUGUCGUCUUUGAAAGUUUUGAAAGCUAAUACCAGAAACGAAAUGAUAAGGCUACUUGAAAAUGAACGUGAUAUCGAACUCCAAGAAAACAUUCAGCUACUAGAGAAGUUAAAACGAUUAUUGGUAGACGAUGAUGAUGAUUUAAUAGAAGAAGAAGCUAAUAUUCUAUGGGAUAUAAAACACGUUCAAAGCAUGCAAGUUUCCACAAUAGAAGAAAUUAUUGAUAGGUUGGAGAAAGGUUUGAAAAUCAAGAAGUGUUUAAAAAUAUUGUUCGAUUUACAAAGAAGAUUGGCUAUUAUGGAUGACAAAGAGAAAAAAGUUGGCACUGAUGAUAACCAAGCUGAAAGUGACAGUGGGGAAGAGAGUGAUGAAAUAUCAGUAAGUGGAGAGAGUCAAGAAGAGCACGAUGAGGUAGAUAUAACAUCAGAUAAGAAUAAAUCGAAAAAGAAAUUCAAUUUAGAAGAGUUCAAAAGAAAAUGGCAAGAAAAAGUUGUGAAGCAUAAACAUCUUAUAGAAGAAAACUAUAAGAAGAAAAUUGAUAAACUCAAAGAACUAAGAAAAAUACUGAAAUCAUCCGAAGAAAAAGUAUGAGAAAUAGUUGAAAUUUGAGUUGUCAAGAGUUGAUAGAUUCUCUGCAGGUUAUAAUAGGAAAAGAUUUGCAGCAUGGUCAAGUUUAGGCGAAGUUGUUGCGGAAAUAUGCGAAGAUAAAGCAAAGAAAAAAUGAUUGUAUGAAGAAAGCUUGCCAUACAUUAGCUGCUUUGUUGAAUAUUCUAAAAUAUUGAUGUUUGGUUUAAUAAAAGUUUCUUUUUACUUGUACGAAAUUACGAUUCUUUCUUACUGUAUUGUGAUUCAUUGUUUGUUGGCUAUUUAAGGAUGUUAAUUCCUUUAGAUUUCCCUUCAACUAUUUUUACACCUAUUUUAGUAAAUUUCACCAUUCUAUUCGGUGCUUCUACCGCUUCAGAUUUAUAUUUUUUAUGAUAAUAUUUUUUGCUUCGAAUAAUGUUUUGUAGUAAAUUAAUAUACUUCCAAGUACUCAAUAUAUGGAUAUGGAUAUGAAAUUUAUAUCCUACAUAGACGGUAAAUGAAGAAUUUUAAUUACAAAUAGAUCAGAUGUCAAAAGUCUACUAUGGAAGCAGCAGAUUUAUAUUUUUGGUCUAAUAGCAUCAAGCAUGCGUUCCAACCAACUUAUGGAGAAGUUUUGAACUCCAAAUGAGAUAAUUUCAAAACAACAACACGUAGUUAUAUACCCUAUUAGUAUCAUGAAAUUUUUUUGUUGGAGUGCCUCAAUUGAUUAAUAUGGUUCAUAAAAAUCUUCCUAUCUCAACAAAGUUUCAUGUUGUGUUGGAAAUGAUCAUGCCCAAAAACAAUAUGUCUUGUAGUAGUUUGUGGUUUAAGCCUCAAAUCAUCCACUGGUAAUGAAAGAUGUCUAUUGCCUAGCCCAGAAAUUUAAAAAGCAACCCUCGUAUAAAUUGCAGCUUGUCGCAUGUAUUUCAUGAACUACAUUAUAGAAAUAAUUCUUCAUUUUGUUGUUUUUUUUAUAAAUGCUCUUUUAGAACUUCACCGUAUUGAAAAAAGGGAAUAUUCACAUUUACGCCAACAAUGAAUAUCAAAAAUGUAAUUCAUAUAACUGUAGAAGAAACUAUUUUAUUUGAAGUUAGAAAUCGAUUUUUUAGAAUGAGAAGAGAAUUUAUUAGGAAUAUUUUUUUUAGAAAAAAGACAAUUGUAAUUAAACAUACAAUCAAAAAAUAGUAUAGAUAUAAAUUACAUGUAUACAGAAUGUUAACUGAUCUCAAAUAUAACGUUAAUUUGGUUACA